GAAGGAGAAGGCGACGGAGUCGGGCUGUCGGAGCAAUUUCCGGUCAGGUGGACGGUAGUGGGACUCGAAUCUACCUUUUACAAUUUUAAAUUACCACCAUAGAUGAUGUAGAAUCUCAACGCCAAGAAGGCAUGGGUGGACUCCCUCGGAACCUUCCUCGUUCGCCCUCCUAUGUCCUUCCUUGCAUCAUUGCCCUCGCCUUCCUCUCUGUCUCCGCCAUCUUUCUCUACAAGGUGGAUGAUUUCGUCUCGCAAACCAAAACAGUUGCAGGGCACAACUUACAACCAACUCCGUGGCACCUAUUCCCGCCGAGAACGUUCAGUAAAGAGACUCGACAAGCUCGAGCUUUCAAGAUCAUACAAUGCUCUUACCUCACUUGUCGUUAUAACACCAGGAAGGACAAUGACACGGAGUCGGAGCAACGACGCCUGUCUGUAUCCUCUCUACGCACCCAAAAAUGCCCAGGUUUUUUCAACUUCAUUCAUAACGAUCUUCAGCCGUGGGCUAAAACCCGGAUAUCCAAGGACCAUGUAAUGGCAGCGAAGAAAUAUGCUGCAUUUCGGGUUGUUAUCGUGGGUGGGAGAUUAUAUGUGGAUUUGUACUAUGCUUGUGUACAGAGCAGGCUGAUGUUUACGGUAUGGGGACUGUUGCAGCUGCUAAGGAGGUAUCCUGGCAUGGUGCCUGAUGUGGAUAUAAUGUUUGAUUGCAUGGAUAAACCUAGUAUUAAUCGAACUGAACAUGGAUCCUUCCCCUUGCCAUUGUUUCGAUACUGUACAACAGAUGCUCACUUUGAUAUCCCAUUUCCUGAUUGGUCCUUCUGGGGUUGGCCAGAGACAAAUAUAAAGCCCUGGGAUGAGCAGUUCAGAGAGAUUAAGAAGGGUUCUCAAAAAAUAAAGUGGGGGAAGAAGCUUCCCCAUGCAUUCUGGAAGGGGAAUCCUGAUGUUGACUCACCCAUCCGAACAGAGCUACUACAAUGUAAUCACUCUAGAAAGUGGGGAGCACAAAUUUUGCGUCAGAAUUGGGUGGAAGAAGCAAAAUCUGGAUAUGAGAAGUCAAAACUGUCAAAUCAGUGUAACCAUCAGUAUAAAAUCUAUGCCGAAGGCUAUGCUUGGUCUGUAAGCUUGAAAUAUAUUCUAUCCUGUGGUUCUCUUGCACUGAUAAUUUCUCCACAAUAUGAAGAUUUCUUCAGUCGUGGUCUCAUUCCAAAGGAAAACUACUGGCCAGUUUCUCCCAUUAACUUGUGUCCGUCAAUAAAGUUUGCUGUUGACUGGGGUCAUGCUCAUCCAUUAGAGGCUGAGGCAAUGGGAAAAAGAGGACAAGAUUUCAUGGAAAACUUGAGUAUGGAUCGUGUCUAUGAUUACAUGUUUCACCUUAUCAGUGAGUACUCAAAACUGCAAGAUUUCAAGCCUGUACCACCAUCCUCUGCCCUACCGGUAUGUGCAGAGUCCCUACUUUGCCUGGCUGACCCCUUGCAGAGGGAGUACCUUGAAAGAGAAACGGCCGUCCCUUCACCAGCUGCUCCAUGCGGCAUGGAACCUGCCAAUGGUAAUUUCGUAAGGAGUUGGAUAGAAAGGAAAAAGAAAACAAUUGAAGAUGUUAGAGUAAUGAUGGAGAAGAAAGCGAUGAGUCAUGCCAAGUAGAGUGCUUGUAUUUAAAAAGAAUUAUAAAUUAAUAAAAUUAAUUACAAAAAAAUGUAUUACAGUCUGGUACAGUUCGAACUGUAACACAAGAUUUUCAAUUAAUUAAUUCAAACACCUUAA